GAGGAAGUCACGUGGCGCGCGCUCACAUGACUGGCGGCGUGAUGGACCCGCUGCCCGCGGCGGCAGUCGCUGCGGCAGCUGAGGCGGAGACAGAGGAGGCGGGUCCGGCAGCGACAGACUUGCCCACGCCCCAGGUCAGCGAGCGCAGGGACCCAGACCCCAGUCGAAUGCAGAUGCCACAGGGGAACCCGCUGCUGCUUUCUCACACCCUGCAGGAGCUGCUGGCCAGGGACACCGUGCAGGUGGAGCUUAUUCCCGAGAAGAAGGGCCUCUUCCUGAAGCAUGUGGAGUAUGAGGUUUCCAGCCAGCGCUUCCAGUCCUCUGUGUACAGACGGUACAAUGACUUUGUGGUCUUCCACGAGAUGCUGCUGCAGAAGUUCCCGUACCGCAUGGUGCCAGCCCUGCCACCCAAGAGAAUGCUGGGAGCUGACAGGGAGUUCAUCGAGGCCCGGAGGAGAGCGCUGAAGCGCUUCAUCAACCUGGUGGCCCGGCACCCCCCCUUCUCUGAGGACGUGGUCCUCAAGUUGUUCCUGUCCUUCAGUGGUCCUGAUGUGCAGAACAAGUUAAAGGAAUCGGCACAGCUUGUGGGAGAUGAAUUCAUGAAUUGUAAGCUGGCUACUCGGGCCAAGGACUUCCUCCCAGCUGACAUCCAGACUCAGUUUGCCAUUAGUCGGGAGCUGAUUCGAAAUAUCUACAACAGCUUUUACAAGCUUCGCGAUCGGGCUGAGCGGAUUGCGUCACGGGCCAUCGACAAUGCUGCUGACCUUCUCAUAUUCGGGAAGGAAUUGAGUGCUUUAGGGUCUGACACAACCCCGCUCCCUUCCUGGGCCACUCUGAACAGUAGCACAUGGGGGUUCCUUAAGCAGGCGCUGAAAGGCCUGUCUGUUGAAUUUGCACUGCUCGCUGACAAGGCCGCACAGCAGGGCAAACAGGAAGAGAAUGAUGUGGUGGAGAAAUUGAACCUCUUCUUGGAUUUGCUCCAGUCCUAUAAAGACCUGUGUGCGCGGCACGAGAAGGGGCUGCUGCACAAGCCCCAGCGGGCCCUGCACACGUACAGCCUGAUGAAGCGGCCGGCGACGAGCGCCGCUGUGCAGAGCCGCGAGCCCGAGUCCGUGGAGCAGCUGGAGUCCCGCAUCAUGGAGCAGGAGAACGCGAUCCAGACGAUGGAGCUUCGGAACUACUUCUCCUUGUACUGCCUGCACCAGGAGACGCAGCUGGUCCACGUCUACCUGCCCCUCACCUCCCACAUCCUCGGGGCCUUCGUCAACUCACAGAUCCAGGGGCACAAGGAGAUGAGCAAGGUGUGGAACGACUUGAAGCCCAAGCUGAGCUGCCUCUUUGCUGGACCAAACAGCACCCUGACCCCGCCGAGGUCCCCGCAGGACGGCGUGUCUCCUCACUAGUGCCAAGGACCUGGGCGCGAGCCCCUGGCGCCUCACUAAAACUUCUUUCCAAA